GUCUGUUUUUUUUCUUUCUUUCUUUAAGAUUCCAUGGCUAGUCCAGGGAAAGAUAAUUAUAGAAUGAAAAGUUAUAAGAAUAAAGCCCUAAAUCCUCAAGAGAUGCGUAGAAGAAGAGAAGAAGAAGGAAUACAGCUUCGAAAACAAAAAAGGGAAGAACAGUUAGAACCUAAUCCACCAAUAGAUCAAGUUAUACAGAAACCAGGAGUUGUACAGAGAUUUGUGAAAUUCCUUGAAAGAAAUGAAAAUUGUACCUUACAAUUUGAAGCAGCAUGGGCACUAACUAAUAUAGCAUCUGGAACUUUUCUGCAUACCAAGGUAGUGAUUGAAACUGGGGCUGUUCCAAUUUUUAUCAAACUUCUUAAUUCAGAACAUGAAGAUGUUCAGGAACAGCUUCCCUUCCAGGUUUCACCUUGCUUAAAUGUCCUGUCACGAUUAUUGUUUAGCAGUGACCCAGAUGUGUUAGCAGAUGUGUGCUGGGCCCUUUCUUAUCUCUCUGAUGGACCUAAUGAUAAAAUUCAAGCAGUCAUAGAUUCUGGAGUCUGUCGAAGAUUGGUGGAACUUUUGAUGUAUUUGGUAGCCUUAGGCUGCAUUAAACCACUUUGUGACCUUUUGACUGUUAUGGACUCCAAAAUAGUUCAAGUGGCUUUAAAUGGACUUGAAAAUAUUUUACGUCUUGGAGAACAAGAAUCUAAGCAGAAUGGCGUAGGCAUUAAUUCAUACUGUGCUCUCAUUGAAGAAGCAUAUGGUAAGCGAUUAGUUAAAAAUUUUCAAUUGCAGUUAAUUCUUAAUUGUCUGUCAUAGGCAAUUUUCCCCUCU